AAACCAGUCAAGAUCAAACAUACCAAGGAGUACACCCACGAAGACUGUCCCGGUCCUGGUUGGAACUUCAAGACCGUGUUUUGUCUCAAGACUUUGUAUGUUCACCAUAAGAUGAAAAAGACUGCAAAUGGAUUCUCCAAAAGAGGUUGUUUCAAGUGCGUUCACUUUCAGAAAGACGAGGAGGCCAAGAAGAGGGGUGAGGAGGGAUGCUCGGGAUGUAUGUGGCCGAAGUGUCCGAGGUAUCACCCGGGGCUUUACUUCAGUGAGAUU